AUACAUUAUGGAACACGUAAGACUUUCAUUUAUUAGGAUCGUAUCCCUCCUGGCGGCCUCCAUUAAAAUUCUGCCACCCACACCAACAAACACAAAAGAAGAAGAAGAAGAAGAUGAUUAAUCCACCACUCAAAUUCUUGUUCCUUCACCUUCUCCUGCACCUGUUACUAGCAGCCAUAGCAACAGCAGAUGUCACACCAGGCUCAACUCUCUUUGCCUCUAACACAGAUCAGUCUUGGCCUUCUCCGAGCCAAACUUUCUCGCUUGGAUUCAUUCCAGUCGGCCCCCAGAGUUCCCCUCCUUCUUUCCUUGCUGCCAUCUAUUACUCCGGCGGCAUCCCCAUUUGGACUGCAGGUACCAGCCCUGUUGACUCCGCUGCUUCUUUCCAUUUCCUCUCCAAUGGAACACUCCGUCUCCUCAAUGGCUCCAGCCAUAUCAUCUGGGACUCUAACACAGGGAAUCUUGGAGUCUCCUCUGCUUCUCUAGAGGACACAGGCAAUCUAGUUCUCAGAAACAACACUGCCACUGUUUGGUCCUCCUUUGACGACCCAGUUGAUACGAUUGUCCCGUCACAGAAUUUCACAGUUGGUAAGGUUUUGAGAUCUGGGCCUUACUUCUUUAGUCUUCUUAGCUAUGGUAAUAUCACUCUAAAGUGGAACAAUAAUAUCACAUAUUGGAGCAAAGGUUUGAAUUCCUCGUUUAACAGUGAAAAUACUAGUUUAACUUCGCCCAGUUUGGGAUUGCAAUCUAUUGGAACUCUAUCUGUGUUUGAUGAAACAUUGCCUUCUACUGGAGCUAUCGUAGUGUAUAGUAAUGAUUAUGCUGAAGCUGGUGAUAUACUAAGGUUUCUGAAACUAGAUAAUGAUGGGAACUUAAGGAUUUAUAGCUCUCAAAGGGGCAGUGGGACUCAAACAGUGAGAUGGGCAGCUGUUGAAGAUCAGUGUAGAGUUUAUGGAUACUGUGGGAAUAUGGGGAUUUGUAGUUAUAAUGAUAGAAGUCCAAUUUGCGGGUGCCCAUCUCAGAACUUCGAAUUUGUUGAUCCAAAGGAUAGUAGAAAAGGAUGCAAGAGGAAGAUGGAGACCAAAGAUUGUCCGGGGAAUGUGGCAAUGUUGGAUUUGGAGCACACUCUGCUCUUGACUUAUCCUCCACAAAGCAUAUUUGGUGGUGAUUCGGAGUCGGAGGUUUUCUUUAUUGCUGUAUCAGCAUGUAGAUUGAAUUGUCUUAGAGAUACAGGUGGCUGUGAUGCUUCCACUGUGUUGUCUGAUGGAACAGGACAGUGUUACUUAAAAAAGCCUGGUUAUAUUACUGGUUAUUCGAGUCCUGCACUUCCUUCAACUUCACAUAUAAAGGUUUGCUCACCAGUACUCCCCAAUCCAACUGACAAGAACAAUGGUUGGAAGGUAAAUGGCUGGGUUUUAAUCGUUGAGGGAGUAGCUCUAGUUUUAGGUUUGAUCAGCUUGGAAGCUGGUUUAUGGUUGUGGUGUUUUAGAAAAAGCCCCAGAUUUGGAAGACUAUCUGCCCAAUAUGCUCUUCUUGAAUAUGCUUCUGGUGCGCCAGUCCAGUUCUUGCAUAAGGACCUUCAGCGAGCAACCAAAGGUUUCAAGGAGAAGCUUGGAACUGGAGGAUUUGGAAGUGUGUACAAAGGAGUUCUCCCCAAUGGAAUGGUUGUUGCAGUAAAGCAACUUGAAGGAAUUGAGCAGGGGGAGAAACAGUUCAGAAUGGAAGUUGCCACAAUAAGCAGCACCCACCAUUUGAAUUUGGUGAGACUAAUUGGUUUCUGCUCUGAAGGGCGCCACAGGCUGUUGGUAUAUGAGUUUAUGAAAAAUGGGUCACUUGAUCAAUUCCUUUUCAUCACAAACAAUCAAAUGGGGAAGUUGUUGAAUUGGGAGCAAAGAUUUAGCAUUGCCCUUGGCACUGCCAAGGCCAUCACAUACCUCCAUGAAGAGUGCCAUGACUGCAUUGUUCACUGUGAUAUAAAGCCUGAAAACAUCCUCUUGGAUGAGAAUUACACUGCGAAAGUCUCCGAUUUCGGUCUUGCAAAGCUGAUAAGUGCCAAGGAGCAUAGGUACAGGACAUUGACAAGCAUUAGAGGCACUAGGGGAUAUUUAGCACCAGAGUGGCUUGCAAAUCUUCCAAUAACAUCAAAAUCUGAUAUUUAUAGUUAUGGUAUGGUUUUGCUGGAGAUUGUGAGUGGAGUUAGGAAUUUUGAAAUGUCUGCAGAAACAAAUAUGAAAAAGUUUUCAUUGUGGGCAUAUGAAGAGUUUGAGAAAGGUAAUAUCAGGGGAAUUAUUGAUAAAAGGCUAGCUGAUCACCAAGAAAUUGAUAUGGAGCAAGUGAUGAGGGCGAUUCAAGUAAGCUUUUGGUGCAUUCAGGAGCAACCUUCACUGCGGCCAAAAAUGGGAAAAGUGGUGCAGAUGCUUGAAGGGAUUGCAGAGAUUGAUAAGCCACCUUCUCUUCUGACAGUGCCUGAACAGCCUAUUACUGGAUUCACUACAAGCUUGAGCAGCGAGAUUAGCAAUUUCUCUCACACAUUGUCUGCACCUCCUCCUACUUCAUCUUCAUCAUUCCAAGCUGCAGGUUCAACUCCUGCUUCUGAGGGAAAUUUAGAAAGGGCUUCUUCUUCUCUUCUACAGUCAAGAUGAACUGCCUAUUCAUGCUAAUUUUUCAUAUCUGACAUUGCUUUUUCUUGCAUUUAUUUUAUUGAGUUUAUGAUUUAAACUAGUGAUAAUGCUUUGAUUAAAUACUUGAAAUCGGAAAAGUGUUUUCUCUGAA